AUGUCUGAAUUAGAAGAGCUCUAAAAAGAUUUAGCGGAAAUAUAAUCGGUUAUUUCAACUCUGAAACGCAAAUCCAAUAUUGAUUACUUAAACAAUAGAAUCAAAUAUCUAGAGAACUCCAUUAAAAUACUGACACCAUAAAAAGUUGAAUAACCACAAUAACAAUAACAACAAUAACAAUAGAAAGACUAGGACACUCUCAUCUAUCAAGGCAUUACAAAGUAUGCCUGGGAUUAAGAGGGGAAUAAAGUCAAAGUGUUUUUGAAUAUGGAGGGAAUUGGAUAAUUGCCUAAAGAAAAUAUUAGUUCAGAAUUCACAUCGACAAGUGUUGAUGUGAAAGUGAAAGGCUUUAAAGGUCUUAAUCACAGAUUUUCAAUUAAGAAAACAUUUGAUGAGCUUAAAGAAAAGGAGUGUUCAAUCAAAACAACCAACAACUCAAUCGUGAUUAACUUAAUUAAGAAAGAUUAAAAGAAUUGGGACUAAUUGAAUUUUAAGGAGAAAUUAAUUGAUACAGACCCAUCUAAAUUAGACAAAUAAGAUCCAUAGGCAUCAUUAAUGAAUAUGAUGAAAGAGAUGUAUUAGAAUGGAGAUGACGAUAUGAAGCGAACUAUAGCUUAAGCUUGGAGUAAGUCAUAGGCAGAAAAAGGGUUGUAAUGAGUAAUAUAAAAAAUAAUUAUAUAUGUUAAAUUAUUUUAUC